AUGAAGGUAUACUUUGAGUACCCUAUUGUUGUGACUCUGCGAGUAGAACAACAAGAAAGAGUGCAUUUUCCUGCUGUUACAAUUUGUAACAUGAACCGAAUGAAAGCGAUUCACGCAGAGUGCGUUCAAGAUCCUUCGAAGUGCCCAGAUUACGUGAAAGAGGAAGGUUUAGGUGAUUCCGUCCGCGGAAUUGCCGGACUACCCCCUCUCGUGCUACCUGAGAGAAGAGGCUUCCAUUUACGAAAUAACAACGAAUCAAAAGUACAUCUUGAGUUUCUUGAAAAAUACUAUAAAUUAAGCUCAUUUAAUAGAGAGAACACGGGGUAUCAGCUUCAAGAAAUAGUAAAAAGCUGUUCUUUCAAUUUCAAGCCUUGUGAAUUCAGACAUAAUUUAAAUAUGCGCUAUGGCAAUUGUUUUACUUUCAACCAAUUAAAUGGCGAUUUUCAAAACGUUCUAAUAGAAACGUCCGUCGGGCCAAGCAACGGUUUGGAAAUGAGUUUGAGUAUCGAGCCUGACCAAUAUCUUUCCAUAUCCCAUACAACUGGCAUUAGAAUUGUAGUACACGAUCCUUCCGACGAACCCAAUCCUGAAGAUAAAGGAAUCACCAUAGCACCUGGUUUUGAAACUCACGUUGCUUUGAAGCAGACGGUCAUGCGAAGACUGCCAGCCCCGUAUAAAGAUGAAUGCGUUUUCUAUGGAGACGAAACAAGAUCUCUAAUGAAAAGUCGGACACUAUGUGUACAAGCUUGUAUUCAAGAAUACAACUUCGCCAAAUGUGGUUGCAUAGAACCUACUUUCUGGACAAUGUCACCGUACAAACAUUGCAAUACAACAAAUUCUGCAGAGAUGAAUUGCCUGGAUAGUUUGGUAAAAGAUCUCGCCACCCAUGGUGCUGAUUGCCAGUGUCCGCCGCCAUGCCUUUCCAAGCAUUACAAUGAACAAAUAACGAAAGCUCUUUGGCCUUCGAGUGCAUCCUUCCUGGAGAAAAAUAUUAGCAACAUUUCUGAAGCGUCCCUUGAGUUGUAUAGAAAAUAUCAUGCCAGAGUUCGCAUAUUCUUUUCAACCCUAGAGAGAUCUGUCUAUGAACAAACGGGAAUGUUUCACGACUCUGAAAUGCUUAGCAAUUUAGGUGGCGAAUUCGCACUUUGGCUCGGACUCUCUUUGUUUGUUUUGUGUGAACUCAUGGAGGCAUUCUUCUUUCUCGUGAAUUAUUUGAUGUGUGACGUGAAAGAGCGUAUUGAUUUACUCAGUUUGAACAUGUAA